AUGUCUAACAGCACAAUCACUGUCUUAUCUCUCCAUCAUGUCCGUUCCUCAUCUCUUGUCAUUCCUCCCCAUGGGGACCUGGGUGAGGGCUUGUUGAAGGAGGUGACUGAAUGGAUCAGGAGUCUUGUGCAUGGUGUUUCUGAAGAUGUCCGCCUGAGUGUGUACCAGGUGCAUGAUGGGAAGACGUGUGUCGUCUGCUUGGACACCUUCCACUUCCACUAUGACUCCGCCUACCACAUGGCCGUGUUUCUCAUAGAUAGUGUCUACAACAUUCAUGCCCUGGAUGACCUGGAACUUAUCAAGUCAGAGCAGUUUGAUUUAGCCAAUGAAAUUGUGUCUACUUUGGAUGAGAGACUUGUGAGUGCCCUGAAAAGCAUAUACCUUCCGAUUGGUUGGAAUAUACUUGGUGAUGAUACAGAUGAUUUGUGUCAGGAUCGCGAGACACUUCUUCAUUUCGCGGCUCGCCUUGGCCUAAGGGAGGUAAGCCUGUUUCUCCUGGAGCAACCAGGGGGAGAGACUGCCACUCAAAUCAAGAAUCGCCACGGUGAAACUCCUGCUGAGAUCGCCACGGAACACGGAUAUCAGGAAGUUGCCGAACUUAUCUCAGG